AUGAAGGGAUUUGUAGGUGUUCUGCUGGUGGCCCUCUUGCUCGGGCUCAGCGCGGCUGUUGCAGAGCCAAAUGUGGGCGACAAGGCAACCGUGGAUGCGGACACGAGUUUCACCCAAAUACUGCAGCCUCCUUACCGCAGCCUUUCCAAGAAGGAUCUCUACGAAGAAAGGGAAUACGAAGAUGGCGACUACGUGGCCACAAAUGUCACAGGGCUGCCUUUCACGAUUGCAUACACCAAGGCGCUCUCUCGACUGUACGCGUACUUUCUGGGCCGGAACGAGGACAACGUCAGGAUGAGCCGCACCCAGCCCAGCUUUACGAGGAUGCAUCCAAACAAGGAAUUCACGGACGUGGUGGACAAGAACUAUACAGUAUCUCUUUGGAUCCCUGGAGACUACCAGGGAAAACCACCUGCGCCGACUGUUGACGAGGUGAAGAUAUGCCGUAUCCCAAAACAGAGGGGGUAUGCCAGGGAGUUCCCUGGCUUUGCAACACAGGGCAAGGCGCUGGAGGAGGGUCUCAGGCUGCGAGAUGCCCUCCUGAAAGACAAGAUCGACGACUUUGACGACAAGCGCCUCUGGCUGGCGGUAUACGACCCUCCCACAAAGAUUCUGCACCGGAGAAAUGAGGUUCUCUUCGAUGCCUGCAAGAAGGGUCACCACGGCAACCAGCACGGAACUAUGAUGUCCAAACUGCGGGCCCUGUAUAACGCUCUUCUUGGCUGA